GCGCCGGGCUGGGGCCGGGCCGGAGCGGAGCGGAGAAGGAGCGCGCCCGCCCCAGCCCCGAGUCCGCCGCCUGCCCUCCCGCCGUCGCCGCCACCGGCCCAGCGGCCGCCGCCCCAGCCAUGGAGCAAGACCACAGCCCCCGGAAGAUCCAGUUCACCGUCCCGCUGCUGGAGCCGCACCUUGACCCCGAGGCGGCGGAGCAGAUCCGGAGGCGCCGCCCCACCCCUGCCACCCUCGUGCUGACUAGUGACCAGUCAUCUCCAGAGGUCGAUGAAGACCGGAUCCCCAACCCACUUCUCAAGCCCACUUUGUCCAUGUCUCCACGGCAACGGAAGAAGGUGACGAGGACCACACCCACAAUGAAAGAGCUCCAGAUGAUGGUUGAACAUCACCUGGGGCAACAGCAGCCGGGAGAGGAGCCCGAAGGAGCCGCCGAGAGCACAGGGACCCAGGAGUCCUGCCCACCUGGGAUCACAACCACAGGAGCGGAGUCACGGCCGGGAGCCACUGGGAAAGCAGACAAGCCUGCAGAAUCCAUCCCUCAGGAGAGGGGCAGUGAGAAACCGAGCACAGAGGAACCCUCCACCCAGUGACCACCGUGGGAUUCCCAGGGAGCCAAUUCAGUUUCAGAGUGAAGCAGGUGUCUUGGAAUCAAGACUGCAGUUGGGAAUGCAUGGACACUGGAUUUGUUUCUUAUUUCUUCACUUUUGGGGAAAAAUCUCUUGUUUUUAAAAAGCGAUAAAUUUGGUGUUAAGCCCUUGGCAUCUUC